AUGCUGGGGCUGGUGGGGCUGGUGCUGUGCCUCGUGCCCGUGGACACCCUGACUGCCUUCCCCCCAAAGUUCCAGGUGGGGCAGCUGAACGAGGACGUGGUGGUGCAGUGUGACACGUUGGAGCCGCACGUCAGCUGGACACUGAACGGGGAGCAGGAGCCCAUGGCCGAACUGGAGGCUGAGGGCAGGAACCUCACCAUCCUCGGCUUGGACCUGCCAGCCACGGGCAACUACAGCUGCUGGGCCGGCCCUGUCCUGCUGGACACCACCUACGUGGUGGUCAGCGGUGCCCGCGAGGAAGAGAUCAACGUGUCCUGCCAGGCUGAGUCCUACCACGGCUCCUUCCACUGCUCCUGGCCUGGGCCCCCCUCUGUCGUCUUCCGCGCCCGCCUCACACGCAGCGAUGGCUCCGUGGGUCCGUGGGUGCCAGUGGCCGGGGGCCACGGCCGGUUCAACGCCACUCUGGCCGACCCCUCGUUCUGCCCCUUUGGUGAGGAGCUGCAUCCGCUGUGGCUGCACCUGGAGGGGCUCUCGGACACCUCCUACCUCAGCCUCUCCAAGCACUUCUUCCUCCGUGACAUUGUGCGUCCCGACCCGCCCCAGGAGCUGACCCUGCGGUGGCAGGGGGAGCAGCUCCACCUGACCUGGGCACCCCCAGCCUCCUGGCAGCGCCCCACGUCCUACUUUGUGCUGCUCUACCACCUGCAGUACGAGCUCCCCAAUGGCACCCAGGUAACGGGGCCAUGGCCCCCUCCCCACUCUGCUGCUUCUCUCCUUGAGGCCAUGAAUGGUCACCCCUGGCUGUCACCUCUGCUCCCCCCAGCUCUGCCCCCCACUCCUUGCAAUGGCUUUCCCCUGCCCGAGGAUCUGCCCAGGCCAUGACCUGCCCCCUCUGCAGGUUGAGCGGUUCGUGGAGGGCGUGGAGGAGACCCAGGUGCAGGUGGGCGCACGGCGGGUGCGCAUCAGCUGCCGGGACCCCCACAGCCCCCUGGCUUGGAGCCCCUGGAGCCCCUGGCAGGACCUCGACACACCCCGAUAACGCUGGCUCUGCGCACGCUGACCCCACGCACAGACAUCUCCUUCCCCAGCACCCUUUCCCUCCCCUCCCCAAACCUCCAGGGGCACGCCUGGGGCUGGGGGGACCCCAAUGGGACAGCCACAGUGGGACAGGCACCAGCACCCACCUUGUUCUCCCUUGUACUGCUCAGA